UGCAGUUCCUGAAAGCCGGCCACUCCGGCAUCUGCAAGCGCAGGAGAAGUUGCCAUUCGUCCUUGUCUAGCGCUGCAGCGCGUACUCUCGCAGCGCUGCGCGAGUUACGGCGAGAGGACUGCAGUUGAGCGCACUCAGCUGGCAGCAUAGCUGGCCUCCGCAACCGCGCGCAGCAAAAACGCCGUCGACGCGCAGUCCGCGCGACGCAGUGACCGCAGCCAUGACGACGCGCAAGGCACCAUCGUCGUCUCUACAGACCAACAAGCGUGCGCGCGCGGAGGCUGCGCCGCAACUAUCACAAGAAACCAGCACGUCGCCAGUGCCCAACAAGCGCGCGCGCGUCGACGCGGCGCCGGAAGAGCCCAACAAGCGCGCGCGCGUCGACGCGGCUCUGCGAUCGCAGCUCGAGGAGCACCGCUGCCCCAUCACGCUCGAGCUUUUCGUCGACCCCGUCGUCGCGCCCGACGGCCGCCUCUACGAGCGAGAAGCGAUCACGCGCUGGCUCGACACGACGAACCGCGUCGUCGUCGGCCGGUCGCCGGCGACCAACGACAUGAUGGUCGGCGAACUCAUCCCGAUCCACCCGGUGCGGUGCGCCAUCGAGGCACUCGUAAAGGGCGGUUGCGUGGAACCGGAGGACGAGGCGCCCUGGCAGAUGCGGCGCGGGCGGAUGCUCGAGGCGCGCGGCGACCGCGCCGGCGCCGCGACGUGCUUCGAGCGCGCGCGCGCCCUCGGGUACGAGGACGACGCGCUUUUGCUCCUGAGGGAGGCGGCCGCGGCGUGCCCCGACGCGAAGCGGGCCCUGGCGGAGGCGGGCAAGGUCUGGCGCACGGCCGGCGGCCGCCUGUCGUGGGGGCCCGAAUCGCGCCGAUACGACCCGCGGCUCCUGGACGUCGUCGUGAGCGGCGAGCGCGACGUCGACGUCGACGCGGGCUGGCGCCUCGACGCGCGCGCGUCGUCGAAGAGCGCUCUAGUGUGGAGGCGGGAGGGCGAGACGGUCUGGUGGGUGCGGGCGCGGCGCCCGGCGGCGUAAGAACGUUG